AUGGAGUUUGAAUGUAUUUGUGUACAGUACAUUAAAGCUGGUUUCAAUUUUGCACUGCGGGGCCUCGCCUGGUUUGGAUCCACUGCCUUUGGCGGGAAGAAGAUGGCGGCGGUGGCGCCGAAGGAGGAGGGGGAGGGGGGGGAGAAGGAGAAAGAAAGCCGCGCUCCGGCCGUGGCCCCUCAGGGUGAAGUCGGCCGCGAGCAGACCCUGGACUUCGUGGUCAGUCAGUUCCUGCAGGCGCUGGACGUCGACGGAUGUCGCCUUUUCACCAAGUGCUACAGCCACCUCUACAAAGCCCAUCCUGAAUUCACAAAAUGUGUUUAUAAUCAGUUCAUAUCCCAUCUGCAAAAUUCUGUACAGGAAGAGGUUCAGGCCCUCAAGGAGGAAGGGAACCUGCCGUUGCUGCUCGACUCCCUGGAUAAGCUUGAGAGAGCAGCGGAGGGCAAGGAAGGCCCUGCAUGGCGCCCGAGUGGUCUCCCCGAGGAAGAUGCUCGCAGGGUGGUCGUGCCCUACCUUCUCAAGCAGCGCAGACGCCUCCAAAAAUCCCUGAAGGAAAAGCAGGAAAGCAACUCGCAGCUGGCAGCCGCUGUGGUGGCCGGUCGGCAGAGGAUUGUGGCGCUGCAGGCGCAGGUCCACCAGCAGAGGGAGGAGUGGCAGACUCUAGUGGUUCUCCUGGCAGUUCUAUAA